AUGGACUUUGUGAACGUGCCGGACGUUGCAGGCGAGAUGUUUCAGUUCCUGCACAUCCUCGAACCCAACGGCUCGUUCAACGUGUUCUACCCGAGCCCCAGCAGGGAUCCUGGCGACGUCUGGGAUCUGUUCACUAUGUUAUGGGCAUCUUGGGCAGGCUACCCUCAGGUGCUAUGGGUGGACAAAGAUGGCGCCUUCGAAGGCGAUUUCCUGGAGCGCAUUCGGUCCAUGGGAACUACGGCUGACACACCUCCAGCGGAAGCACACUGGCAAGCUGGCGAAAUCGAGGCCUAUAACCGCGCCUUCAAGGACACUGCGCGGAAGAUCAUAGAUCAAUAUUCACUUCAAGGAGCCCGAGACAUGAAGACAAUGGCAUGUGCCGUCGCAGCCGCGAUGAAUGACAAGAUCCGAACCAGUGGCUGCUCGGCCUACCAAUGGCUGUUUGGCAAGAGCCCUGUCAUACCGACUGACGUCCUUUCACCGGACGGCAAGUUUGAAGCUUUGCAAGCUAUGGACGUUGACAGUGAGCUCCGGAAGAGAAGUCAAAUCCGAGCAACAGCCGAUGAGAAGGUGACGGCCUACCGAUUGAAUGAAGCGGUUCGCACCGCCAUCUUGAGGAAAUCUCAUCCUCCUCGAGAGACCUAUGAACCAGGCGAACUGGUGGCAUUUUGGCGGGAAGCCAAGUACAAGCAAGGCCGAAAAGGCCAGAAGGGAAAGCGGAUACCUGCUUCAUGGUAUCGUGGGAUCAUCAUCGGCCCACACAAAGGCGAUGGUUCAGCCAAGCAGAACAACUUCUGGGUCAGCUCCAACGGAAAGUGUGUCUUGGUUUCCAAGGAGCAGCUUCGACCCGCCUUCGGGACAGAGCUUUGGCCCGUUCAUGAACAUGUGUUGGAGGAGCUGCAGGAGAACCCUCCGGACGACUACCUGGACCUCCGAGCUGCAGACGGAGCACUACCGCCUGAGGAGGAGGAAGUUGAUCAGGUCCCCCUCUUCCUGGACCAGCCUGAUGAGGAGUACACGCCUACCGUCGUGGACCCCGCAGACAUCCCUGUUCCAGAAGACAUGGAAGAUGAACCUGUUGCCGAACUACCUCCACCAGCUCCAUCCGAGGCCGUGGACUCGACAGGCACGGACUUGACUACGUUGCCGGCUACCUCACGAGCCCCUGGCACUCCGGUGGGACAGCUCUGGUCCAAGGAACCGGACCCAAAGAGGUUGAGGACGACACCAUCGGCAUCCGCCCCUUCCGAAGCAGCAGUGAUGCCAUCAGCCGAGGAGAUGGAGAUUCUGCUCACCACAUCUCGUGUAGAAGGUGAGAACUCUACAGUCUAUGAGGUGCUGUCAGAGGUCGCGAAGGACUCCUGGUACUACGAUAAGCCGCGAGGCCUACUUGUCCGACUUCACCGACGCCCUCGUCGAGCUCUAUACGACCCUUGUCGAGCUCGAGAUCUUCCCGUCCAGCUGGACAGUCUGUCACCAAAGAGGAUCACGGUGAUGCGCACUUCUGGACAGCGGAAGGUGAGACGAGACACUUGGCUGCCACCCAACUCCAACGUCCCGAUGGACCACUACUGGACUGGCACUACGACCUUCAAGGUGGUGACGCAGUCCGGCAUCUUCGAGGUGCAGUUGGAUUGGCAGAACCCUCAAACCAUGUCUCGCAAAGACCGCAAGGCCUUGGAGAAGGAACUCCCUUGGAGCGCCAUCCCCGAUGAGCAGAAGGAGCUCUACAGACAGGCCUUGGUCAAAGAGUGGAACACCUGGCUCAAGUAUGAGGCGGUCAAAGUCUUGGAUACGGCUUGCAGCCGCUAUGUGGAGAACAACAUCGACAAGUCCCGCAUCCUGGCUCGCAUCGUAUGUCGAGGAGAUGCGGACCCGGACUUGUUGGAGCUCCGGCGUGAUGCGCCCACUUUGACACGCCUGGGCCUGAUGCUUUUGCUGCAGCUGGGAGCUUCAUCUGACGGCUGGUUCGUGGUUUGCGCUGACAUCACAGGCGCUUUCCUUCAAGGCGAUCAGUCCCUGGCACAGCGCAAGGACCCACUCUUCAUCCGACAGCCUCGAGAAGGACUACCAGGUCUACUACCGGGCCAGCUGCUACUCGUGGUGCGCGGCAUCUUUGGCCUCGCCAACAGCCCGAGACUCUUCUGGCGAUUCCUCCGGGACACUUUGGUGAAGCUUGGCUUUGUUCAGUCAACUUUGGACAAGGCCCUCUUCUUUUUCUACGUCGACCACCUCCUGGUCCUGGCAGUUGGUGCGCGCGUGGACGACUUGGUCUGCGUCGGCAAGCCGGGCAUUGGCGACGAGAUCUUGGAGAAGGUUCGCGAGAGCUUUGACUUCGGCGACUGGCAUGACCUCCGCAACGAGGACAAGUUAGUCUAUGGUGGAAAGGAGAUCACCCGGCUGGAUGAUGGUGGACUUGCACUUUCCCAGUGCUCCUUUGUCAAAGCCCU